AUGACUGUCGACACAAUUCCAUAUCUUGUCCAAACCCACAAUGUAAUGCAUGAUGCGAAGACAGGUGACCACCUGUUGAAGUUGGUACUUGAAGACAUCGUCUUGAUGGAAACAAAAUAUGGUGUUAUUCUCAUCGCUUGGUGUACAGAUGAUGGCCCUGAUGGGAAGAAAAUAUGA